AUUAAAGGAGAGGGACUUCGAAUAGGAGUUAUUGGGAACUAGAGAGGAGAGAGAGAAAGAGAGAGAGAGAGAGAGAGAGAGAGAGAGUACGUUGCUAUCAUGCAAGCCACCUUCAGCUCCCAACUGGCUUGGUUAUGUGCCCUAACCUUCUCUUUCACUAUCGAUCCAGCAUGGCUGCAGACCCUUCCAAAGAAGCCCGUGGCGGGCAAGAGCCCCGGAUGUUGCGAAGAGCUAAAAACGCUGAAGGUCCAAGUGGCCAAUCUCUCCUCCUUGUUACAGGAGGUGAGCAAGAGGCAAGGCGAUGUCCUGGGGCAGGCCGUCACGCAGCUGAUGGCCCUGGAAGGGAGCAUCCAGCUGAUGGACGCCCGCCUCGGCGACGUGGAAGGGAAGUACUCGGAGAUGAAUUCCCAGCUCGGCAUUGUGCAGCUUCAGGCGGCUCAGACGGUCAGCCAACCGUCCACAGACGCCGCCGUCUACGACUGCUCCUCCCUCUAUCAGAGAAAUUACAGAUCUUCUGGAGUCUACAAACUUCUCCCCGAUGAAUUUCUGGGAAGCCCAGAAUUGCAGGUAUACUGUGACAUGGAGACUGAUGGAGGAGGCUGGACCGUCAUCCAAAGGCGGAAAAUUGGCUUGAUCUCUUUCAGCCAAAAUUGGAAGAAGUACAAGGAAGGUUUUGGAAGCUUGGAGGGAGAUUUCUGGCUGGGAAAUGAACACAUCCAUCGGCUUUCCAGGAGGCCGUCCAUGUUGCGUGUGGAGCUGGAGGACUGGGAUGGCAACAGCGUGUUUGCUCAAUACGGCCGUUUCCAAGUGGGCAAUGAGUUGAGCAACUACCACCUCUUCCUGGCUAACUUCAGUGGCAGCGCCCCACGCGACUCCAUGCGGUACCAUAACAACACGGCCUUCAGCACCAUGGACAAGGACAACGACAAGUGCAUUGAUCACUGUGCGCAGUUACGCAAAGGCGGCUACUGGUACAACUGCUGCACAGACUCCAACCUGAACGGGGUUUACUAUCGUAAGGAUGAACAUAACAAGAGCACCGAUGGCAUCACCUGGUACAGCUGGCAUGGGAAACUGUAUUCCCUCAAGAGGGUAGAGAUGAAAAUCCGGUCAACGGACUUCAAGGCCUAGAGGGACCCCCAAUAGGGUCGACACAAGUACUCAGUCUUGGAUAUGUUAAUCUUCAAAUGCACAGCAUGCAGUCGAUUUAACCUUCGCUGCAAAACAUUCAGAUGCUCAAUCCAACACCCAGGACCAUCGGCCUCCGAAAGUUCACGCACCCAAUGUCUAUGGGGAUUCUCAGUCACCCAAGUCAGGGUUGUCCCAAAGGUGCUUUUAUUCCAAGAGACAACUGGACUUUCUUGGUCUCAUCCAGGUCUAGUUUUAGUUUCCAA